CAACAUCCCCACGGAUCCCUAGUCCAUGACCACACAAAAUGGGGAAGGACUAUUUCGGAUGUCAGCGAGAAUCCCCAGACCUUGCAUCCCCUGGACACGGUAGUCCAAGGUAAACAUGGUCUAAACUACCGGAUAACUUGCCCCGUUUCAUUGGCCUCAGCUGAAACCACAGAACUGAUGCAGAAAGCGGUCAUUCUCCGCCCAGAGGAAGAGUUUGUCCUCAAAUCCCCCAACUCUUCCCCAGAUUCAGAAACAGCGCUGUUUGGCCAUUGAACCCCGCAAGCAUCGGAGUGGAGCGGUGAUAAAUUGCAGAGAGAGGUCCUGCUCUCCAGCGUUGCCAUAUUCCUGGGCUCUGGCAGAUGGGUGGGUUGCACCGACCGCUGCCGAGAAUGGAGUCUGGCAGCGGUGGGGAGAGGCACCGCUUCGUAGAAGCAGGAAGGGCUCAGGAGGGCGCUGCGGGGCAGCAGGGCCAGCGCGCCGGUCGGUCGGGCCAGCUGAGGACGCUAGAGGCUGCGGCCCGCAAUGAUGCGCGGCUCCGCUGGCGGCGGGACGUGCGCUCGACUCGCUUCACUUAUUUGGCGGCUGAAGACUCCCGGGGUCGCCCAACGGCUGGGUCGGACGCGUGGCCUUGCGUCCGGAGUCCAGGCCCCGAUCAAUGAGAAUAAAAAGUCUCAUAUCAGACAGAAGCCACAGAAACAAAUUUGUAUACCAGUUUUGGAAUAUUUUGAUAAAAAAUACAGGCAUGAACAUGGAGAAUUGUGGGACAAAGUCAGAGAAGUGCUGCUGCUUCCCUGCAGCUGGCAGUAUGGCGUACUUGUGAAUAAGUUCAGCCACUGUGUAGCACUGGAACAGCUUCUUCAAUCACAGGGAUAUUGGAAUUUUCUGCAAGAUGUCUUACCAUUUUCCAAGCAUUCUUUACGAUGUUACGUCAGCAGGGCCCAGAACCGGUUCCCAAGACUAUUGCAUCAUGCCGAAAGGUUGAAGGAAUAUUACCUACUGAAUGCGGCCUCUUUGCUGCCUGUCCUUGCGUUGGAUGUCCAAGAUGGAGAGCGUGUGUUGGAUAUGUGUGCUGCUCCCGGAGGGAAAUCUGUGGCAAUAUUGCAGUCUGCCACUCCACGUCACUUUCUGUGCAAUGACCAUGACAGUUUACGCCAUAAGUGGCUGAAGCAAACACUGGAGUCUUUUGUACCUGAGGACUUAAGGGGGGUAACUUCUGUGACCAACCUGGAUGGAAGAGACAUUGGUCCACAACAGCCACAAAUAUUUGACAAGGUGCUAGUGGAUGCUCCAUGUUCAAAUGACAGAAGUUGGUUGUUCUCUUCUGAUGUCCUUAAGGCUCGCCUAAGGAUUGCACACACACCUAAUCUACCUGUUUUACAGAAGCAAUUACUGAGGUCAGCUCUUGAGGCGCUGUGUCCUGGAGGGACAAUGGUUUAUUCUACAUGUACACUGUCUCGAGCAGAAAAUGAUGAUGUUGUGGCCUCUCUCCUGAAUUCUUGUGACAACAUUCAAACUGUGGAUUUAACAGACUUGGCAUGUUCCCUUUCUCAUAGCUUCACAUUUGCUGAAGGUGUACAGUAUGGACAAUUAAUUGUGCCAGAAAAGGGUAGAACUUGGGGCCCGAUGUAUGUUAGCAAAUUAUGGAAGACACAUUGACUUGAAAUAAGUUUAAAAGAUGAAUAUGUAUGUUAGUGAUUGUGGCAGGCUGAGCUAGUUUAAGGCUUUCCAAAUACUUAAGUUAACUUGCAGAAAUUAAAAUCUUACCUCCACAUUGAAUAAUUGUGAACAUUUAUAAAGUUCGAAUCUUUCAAAUAUGAAAGAUUUACAGAACUAUUAGUAAUUACUACCAACAUUUAAACAUAUCAUUGAUUAACUGUUACAUCUUGUAAACUUUCAAGUAAUGAGUAUAUACUUGUAAUAAUGUCAAAAAGGAAAGAUUGAGAUUCUUUUUGUAACCAAAUAAGUUGAUACUAACAAAUUACAAAAAGAUGAUACAAUGCAAUUUUCUGUGCCUUAACUACUUUCAGUGGUAUUUUGGUGAAAAUCAUGAUUAUGAGUGUGUUUGACUACCAGAGCCAUCAUUUUCAGCUAAUCAGAUAAACAAAGACCAAUAAAUUCCCAAAGUCUGCAUCCCAUGGUACUUAAAGAAGUGGCCCUAGAAAUAGUGGAUUAACUGCUGGUCAUUUUCCAACAUUCUUUAAACUUUAGAACUGUUCCAACAUAUUGGGAAAAAGCUAAUGUUACCCUAAUAUUUAAAAAAAAAUUGGAGGUUGAGAGAAAAUGGGAUCAUAUACUGUUUAGCAUGACAUCGGUAGUGGGGAAAUUGCUGAAAUCCAUGAUAAAAGAUGUUUUAGCAGAGCACUUGGAAAAGAAGAGUGACAGGAUCGGAAAAAUCAGCAUGGAUUCAUGAAAGGGAAAACAUGCUUGACAAAUCUACUGGAAGUAUUUCAGGAUACAACAAGCAGAGUAGAUGGGGGAGAAUCAGUGGAUGUAGUUUAUUUGGAAUAUCACAAAGGUUUCAGUAAGGUUCAACAUAGAAGGUUAACAUGCAAAAUUAAAGCAUGUGGAAUUUGAGGUAAGGUGCUAAAAUGCAUAGAGAUCUGGUUAACCAACAGGAAAUGAAGAGCAGCAAUAAAGGGGUUGUCUUCUGGGUGCCAGGCAGUGGCUAGUGAGGUACCACAGAGAUAUUCAUGAUGUAUAUUAAUGACUUGGAUGAGGGAAUUAAAUGUAGUGUCUCCAAGUUUGAAGAUGACACUGUGAGUGAGAGGGUGAGCCUUGAGGAGCUAGAACAGAAGCAAUAGGUUGAUUUGGACAGCUUGAGGGAGUGGACAAAUACAUGGCAGAUACAGUAUAAAGUGGGUAAAUGUGAGGUUAUCCACUUUGGCAUAACAGGAAGGCAAAUGAUUGUCUGAAUGGUGAUAGAUUGGAAAGGGAAGUACUGCAAGAAGACCUGAAUCUCCAUGUGUCCUAUAUGUGGAAAGUAAGCAUGCAGGUGCAGCAUUGUAUGCUGGCCUUGAUAGCAAGAGGAUUGAAGUAUAGGAGUAGGGAUAUCUUGUUACAGUUAUACAGGGCCUUGGUAAGAAAGUACCUUGAAUAUUGUGUUCAGUUUUGAAUUCCUUAUCUGAAGAAGAAUGUUCUUGUUGUGGAGGGAGUUUAGCAAAAGUUCACCAGACCAAUUCCUGAGAUGGCAGGACUGAUGUAUGAAGAGAGAUGCGGUCAAUUAGGCUUGCAUUCACUAGAGUUUAGAUGUUUGAGAGGGGAACCCUACAAAAUAAUAACAGGACUAGACAGAUUAGAUGUAGGAAGGACGUUGCUGAUGUCUGGGGAGUCCAGGACCAGGAGUCUCAGUCCAAGGAUAAUCAGUAAGCAUGUAAGACUGAGGUGAGGAUAAUUUUCUUCUCCGAGAGAAUGGUAAACAUGUGAAAUUCUCCACCACAGAAAGCUGUUUAAAAGAAAAUAAUUAAAUAUUCAAGAAGGAGUUUGAUAUAUUUCUUAGAGGAUCAAGGAAUAUGGAGAGAGAGCUAGAACAGGACACUGAAAUUGGAUGAUCAGCCAUAAUUGUAUUGAAUGGCAGAGCAAGCUCGAAAGGUCAAAUGGUCUACUGUUGUAUCUGUAUUCUAUUUUAUGUAAUUGUGCCUAUUAAGUCACAAUUUAAUUAAAUAAGAGUGACGUUAAACCUAACCAAGCCUGCCAACAAUACUUUGUAAACCGUUAUUCACCAGUUUUACAGUAAGAAGCUAUUUUGAAUUUUGUUUUUGGUUUUUAUAAAUGUGAAAGCAAAUCUGUGAAUAUUAAACACAUUACUAUUUCAUACACAUUAAUUGUUAUAAAUACAUGAUAGUAAAGAAAA